AUGCUUCAGCUGCUGCGGUUGACGGCGCGCCGCCGCCGUGCUGCUCUGAUGGGAGCUGCGGCGGUCGUUGUGCUGCUUCUCGUCCUGCACACGGUCAGCAAGAGCACCAUGACGGCGGGCGCCGGUGGGCUCGGCGGCGUGAUGAACGGACGCUACCGCGACAACGGAGCCUUCCACGGCGAGGAUCCCACGGACGACACUGAGGAUCUGCGGGUCCCUGCGGACGGCCUGGUGAACAUCAUGACGGCCGCGGACGAAACCACGCUGGUUGGCGUCCCAGCGCUCAUCCGCUCCGUCCUGGGCAACACAAACGAGUCGAGCCGCAUCCACUUUUACAUUGCAGUCGACAGCCAGAUCUCAGCCAUCCGGCUCACGCGCUGGCUCGAGGGCGGCUUCCAGGAAGGCGAGGCGCCGGCGUACUCCAUUGCAGUCAUGCAGGCUGAAUGGGUGGAAGGCCGCUUCCUGCUCCGUGGGUCGACUGCCCGCGACGACCUCGCUGCCCCGACAAACUUUGCUCGCUACUUUGUCUUGGACCUCUUCCCGGAAAUGAAAGGUCGCGUCGUCUACCUUGAUGCCGAUGUUAUUGUCACUGGAAACAUUAUCGACUUGCACAACCACCGCAUCGAAGGGCGGCAUCUCGCGGCGUUCUUCAAGGACUGCCGUGCCUCGUUCUUGAACUUUGAAAACAAGCGCAUCCAAGCCAUGCAGCUGCUGCCCAAGCAUUGCGGACUGAACGCGGGUGUCUAUGUUGCCGACUUGGAGCGAUGGAACGCCCUGAACGUGACGGCACAGUUAAUGUUCUGGCUGGAGCUCAACACGCGCGAGCAUCUGUUCCAGGGCGAGGAGAUUGGCGGCGGCUCGCAAGGCCCAAUGCAGAUCGUGUUCAACAACCGCCGCACCAACUUGGAUCCUGCAUGGAACAUUCCACAUCUUGGAUUUGCGCGCGGACGGAGGUUUGUGCGCGAUCUCGAGAUGAACGUGACGACAGGCAACCUGUUCCAUUGGGCAGGGCCCGCCAAGCCCUGGCUGACCACUCCUGGCGCAUUGCUCCCGAAUUUGUGGGCAGCCAACUGUGUUCCCGAGCCAGAGUUGACCGACGCUGAUUGCCCUGCCGACACAGCGGCCGCAAUCGAUGACAAAGAUCCGGAUCAGAGCGCAUCCAAUGAACGCGAGUUCACAAAGAAACAGUGCUCCGGCAUGCGGAAUGCUCGCGCGGCCAACCUGGCAGCCAAGAUUGCCGUGGACUGCGACUUCCCCGUUCCGGCGGCACCAGCACGGCGACCACCCGCGCGAAACACCCGCGCUCCCGCUGCACGGCCUGGCGCCACCCGGAACACGCGCGCCCCUCGCCCUGCCGGCGCGACACAAGCAGCUCGUCCAGCACGCAAUGCCCAUGCACAAAUACGCGAGGCCCCUCGAGCUCGCCGACCAAGCCCAAACCACCCAUAA